AGUUGCAUCUCCAGUGCCCGGCGCCAGUAUUUGUAUCAGCCCUAGACGACGCGGCGGCGAAUUCCAAUCCCCCCCACCACCGACUUCCCUGCCUUGGUACCGCGCCGCCACCACCGCCGGCGGCCAUGAAGCUCGACGUAGACGCCCUGAGGUACCUCUCCAAGGACGAUUUUAGGGUUCUUACGGCCGUUGAGAUGGGCAUGAGAAACCAUGAGAUCGUUCCUGCGGAGCUUGUCGACCGGAUUGCCGGCCUCAAGCAUGGAGGCACUUAUAAGGUGCUGAAGAAUUUGCUGAAGCACAAGCUGGUACAUCACGAUAGUUCCAAGUAUGACGGGUUCCGGCUAACCUAUCUUGGAUACGACUUUCUUGCAAUCAAAACACUGGUGAACCGUGGCGUGUUUGCUGCUGUAGGACGCCAGAUCGGUGUUGGGAAGGAGUCGGAUAUAUUUGAGGUCGCUACAGAAGAUGGGACAGUUCUGGCCAUGAAACUGCAUAGGUUGGGUAGGAUCUCUUUCAGGGCAGUGAAAUCUAAGAGAGACUAUUUGAUGCAUCGGACCAAUUAUAACUGGCUCUACUUGUCACGGCUUGCUGCACUCAAGGAAUAUGCUUUUAUGAAGGCUUUAGGAGAGCAUGGAUUUCCUGUUCCAGAUGCUGUGGACUGUAAUCGGCAUUGUGUGGUCAUGUCUCUUGUCCAAGGCUAUCCACUUGUACAAGUGAAGCAGUUGCAACACCCAGAGGAAGUUUUUGAAACAAUUAUUGGUCUUGUUGUUCGUCUAGCAGAGCAUGGUCUUAUCCAUUGUGACUUCAAUGAAUUUAACAUCAUGAUCGAUGAUGAUGAAAGGGUCACCAUGAUUGAUUUCCCUCAGAUGGUAUCGGUUUCUCAUCGCAAUGCACAGAUGUACUUUGAUCGUGAUGUUGAGUGCAUCUACAAGUUCUUUAGCAGGAGGUUCAAUCUUUCAGAUCAAGAGGAUAGCGAAGAGGGUGAUAGAUCAGAAUCUGAUACUGAGGAAAAUGGCAGGCCCUCCUUUUCUUCCAUAGCAAAAUCAGCUAGAUUUUUAGACAAGGAACUUGCUGCUAGUGGGUUUACACGAAAGGACCAAGAUGAGAUAGAGAAGUUCAUUGAAGGAACUGGGCAAAAGGAUACUCUGAGCUCUGAUGACGAAGUGCUUGCAGAGGAAGAGGGAACCAGCAAUGAAGUCAAUGAUGCUGUAGCUACAAAUUUAAAUUCCUUGCAUUUGGCAGAUCAGCAUGAGCUCUCGGAGAGCUGUGGUGACAAGGCUGCUGCGGGGGCACUUCUUCAUUCUCCUAGAUUAACUGAUAUAAACAAAGAUGAAAUUUUCCAUGCAAGAGAGCAUGAAACCAGUGUGAGUUACAAUGAUAGCAAAAGAACAGAGGAUCCUGUUUUAUGUAAUGCCAGUAUAAGCAACGAAGAUAAAACUUUGCAAUCAGGAGAGAAGGAGGAUAGUGAUGAGCCAGAUGAAAGUGAUCCUGUACUGAUGAAGCGCCUGAACAAGCAGAGGAAGCGGGCUAUAUCAGCUGCUCACGGUGGGCGGAAGGCUUCGGCUUCAAGAAAUUCCUACAAGGACAAGGGUGGCAAGACCUCCCACAAUUCAAAAAUUCAGAGGCAAGCAUUCAAGUGGUAACAUAUGGAUUUUGAUGAACCUCAAUUGAAUCAGAGUAAAAGACCAGCAGAUUGGAUCAACCAAUGGCAUCACAAUAUAGCGGGAAUUUGUAGAGUUAGGACUUGCACCGAGGUAUCACUUACAGUCCCUACAGCAGGAAUCUCCUGUAUUUUUACCAGAGUAAAGAUGCAAAUAUUCAAUUAUACAUAAGCAUAUCUCUUAGGGAAAGAGGGUAUGUGUAAUGUUCAGGUUUGUUGUCUGUAACGUCUGCCGGACCAAGGGAAAAAAAACCUGAAUCAUUUUCUGUUUGGGGACCAUUUUAAGUAAAUUGUUUAUUUAUUUUACUUGCAUCGCGUAUAACUUCUGUAUUC